AUGCGAUGGACCACCUCACGAUGGUCGACCAAUCCCUACUGCGCCCUGGUGAUUAGCGUCAUCGCCUGCGGCGGGAUUCCGAAAGGCUAUGAUGAGGGUGGCUACAGCGCCAGCGUUUCCCUGCCCUCCUUCAGGUCUGACUUCAACCUCGUUAAAUCACACUGGGAGCACGAUGCUAUUGGGCUAGCCAACCGCAAAGCGAACAUCACCUCGUUCAAUGUUCUCGGCGCAGCAUUUGGUGCCCUGAUAGUCCUUGACCUUAAUGAUCGCCUCGGGCGCCUGGUGUCGUGGCGGCUAGCUUGCAUCGUGUGGGCAUCCGGGACAUUAAUGCAAAUAUUCGCAUCUGGUAUCUACGGACUGCUAUUGUUUAGUCGAAUAUGGGGCGGGUUAGGCGCGGGCGCUUUAACCGUUACGGCCCCGCUGUAUCUGACAGAAAUAGCCCCUGCGAGGACAAGGGGCCUGGUUGUGGGGCUGUACAUGGUCUUCUUAUUGACUUUUCUGGCUGCAGGGUUCUUCAUCAACUAUGGCGCUAGAGUGCACAUGGCGAACACGCAAAGCCAAUACCGUUUAGUGCAGGCCGUACCAUUGAUCCCUGUGGGUAUCGCAUAUGGUCUGUCGUACCUCUGUCCCGAGACUCCUCGGUAUCUGGUCUCAAAAAAGCUUUAUCGGGAAGGGCUCGAUGCUCUUGCACGGCUGCGUGGCAAGACCAUCGACGAUCCUGAAAUCACAUCGGAGUUCGAGUCCAUCGAUGCACAGGAACGGCAGCGUGCAGAAGGCUUGGCAUCUGUCUCCCAUUGGACUCUAUUUAAGGAAACACAGACAAAUCCGAACUACCGGCAGCGCUUCUGGCUGGUAAUCACGAUGCAGACUAUUGCCCAGUGGACCGGUGGUAACGGUAUUACAUACUACGUACCAACCCUAUUCAAGUACGCCGGUCUAGGAGGCGACUCCGAAGCCCUCGUCUCAUCUGGCGCCUACGGGAUCGUCAAACUAGUCUUCACAAUGGCCUUCACGUGGUGUCUAAUCGACCUCCUCGGUCGACGCCGCUGCAGUCUCGCCGGGCUAAGCCUGCAGCUGUGCGCGCAUAUCUACACAGGGAUAUACCAGGGCCUCCGUCCGGGCUCGGCUGACAACAAGAACGCCGCUAACGCAGCCGUAGCCUCCGUCUUCAUCUACGCCGUCGGCUGGUCCAUCGGCCUCUGCACCGUGCCCUAUCUGUAUGGGACUGAGAUCUUCCCCACGCGCAUCCGCAACGUCAGCUACGCGAUCAGCAUGGCGUUGCACUGGUUCUUCCAGUUUGCUGUUGUGCGAGUCACGCCUAAUAUGCUCGUCUCGCUUGAUAUCUGGGGUGCUUAUUUGUUUUGGGCGCUGAUUUGCUUUUCCGGGCUGAUUAUCCUCGGUGUGUGGAUGCCGGAGACGAAGGGCGUGCCGAUUGAGCGGAUGGGGGAUUUGUUUGAGGGGCCGUGGUAUUCAAGGUGGCGGGCUAGGCCUAGGGACUCGAGUACUGUUUCACAGGCUACUAUGGCGCAGAUUGUUGAGUCGAAGGAUAGUCGUGGCUUGUAG